AUGGGUCUUCUGCUUGUUGGAGCUCUCUUGGGCUUCUGGGUCUCGACGGCGUAUGGCGAUGCUACCAAUUUGGCCCUGAUAAACUUGACGCCCUACCCGUUGCGGCAAAAUGGGAAUCCCUCCUCAUACCAAAUGAAGAAAUGGGAUGAUGCUUUUCCAAAAGAAAUACCAAAGGGAACCAAUCAACCAGCCUUCGUACAGCUAAAAACUGGAAUAUUAACAAAUGAAGGUGAUACAGCGGCUGAAUUCUACUAUACCCUGGAUGACGGUACCAAAAAUGGCAUUCAGCUGGCUCUCGAUAUGGCUGGCAAAUCUCCCAACUAUGAGGUCCUUCUUCGGGCUAAUUUUGACGGGAUCAAAACUCAAAACAACCCUUCAUUUGUCGAUGUCGGCUUUCUAGACGAUGAUGAGGAGUGGACACCUUUUAUCAUCGCUGGUAACAAAGAUUCCUAUGUAGGCAACAACCCUCCUACAGACUGGAUGCACCAGAAUCUCCCGUUUCUUGGGUGUCGUUCUCUGCAGCAAUUAUCGCUGCCAGGAUCGCAUAAUGCCGGCAUGUCGAAGGUUCAAUUCAGCACCGCAUUCUCUUCGCCUUCAAACACCCAAACGCAACAAUUAGAUAUAUUAGGGCAGCUCAACGCUGGUAUUCGAUAUUUUGACAUUCGUCCUGUGAUUUCACACGGAGACUACUAUACUGGACACUACUCAUAUAUCAAAGAUGUUGAUUCGAACCAGGGUUCUGUGGGCCAGAAGAUGGACGAUAUCAUUGACAAUAUUAACAAAUUCACCGAUGCCAACAAGGAAUUGAUCAUCCUUUAUAUGUCUCACUCGAGCAACACAGAUGCCGACUACGACGCCUUCAACGAUGACGAGUGGAAUGGGAUUCUUCACGACCUUACGGAUGGUUUGAAACACAGAUGGACGGUUAAGACGGACAAAGCUCUCACCAAGCUCUCUCUCUCCGACUUUAUCAAGGAUGGACCUGCGGUGGUAAUUGUGGUCGACGAGCGGGACCAGUCGUUCCUCGACAAGCAAGGGUUCGCUGGGAAAGGCUUCUUCCCCGCUUCGCAAUUCCCAAAAUAUGACAACUAUGCAAACACCAACGAGCUCGACGUCAUGCGUGACGACCAAUAUAAGAAGUUCACACAGCAACUUUCGAAACCUGAUAACCCAGAUCAAGUCUUCUUGCUUUCUUGGACGAUGACACUGCUGGAUGUCGACAACCUGAAUCUUUUGGACAAAAUCACUACUCGAGCGGAUUUUGUGAACAAUAGACUUGCAGCCUUGACAGGAGACAAGGCUCAUCUAUCACCGUUUUUGUGGGAUAAGAGACUCCCCAACAUCGUUCUGAUUGACAAUGUGCGAAAGAACAAAUAUUUGACGGCGCUAUCAGUAGCUUUUAAUCGGUUCACGAGCGCUUGUUGA